GCUCUCGUCGGGAGUGCUCGCACGGCUCGAUGGCGGUGCCGGGCUAUGAGGUCGCUGGGUUUGUCGAGACUAUAAUGCAGAUGGUGCCCAUUGCCGUCGCCUCCGCCAUUGGCAUGGGCGCCUGCCUCGUUGCGACGCGCGCCCUCUUUCCGACUGUGGCCAAAGAGUCGCACGAUGCGCUCGCGCCGUCGCGGCGCUUUUUCGUGUCGCAGUGCGUGGUCUCCGGGCUUCACGCGCUGGUCUCCGGCCCGGCCGGCACCGCAGUCCUCCAGCAGCUCCUCUUUUCCGACCCGCCUGCGUACGCUGCCUGCCCGGCGCAGCCGAACCUUGCCACGGUGGCGGCUCCGCCGCUCGCGGUGUGGACGUGCGGCUUCACGUGCGGCUACUUUGUGUACGACUCGAUUGUGAUGCUCGUCUACCCGGAGUUCACCCGCGCCGAGCUCGGCAACCCUGCGCUCAUGUACGGGCACCAUCUCAUCUCUCUGCUGGUCUGGCCGUACUGCAUCGCCAGCGGGCGCGCCGUCGUCUUCGUGUCCUUCUUCCUCUUCACGGAGCUGACCAACAUCGGACAGGCCCUCUUCCUCGUGCUAAACAAGGGCAAGAUGCUGCCCUCCCUCGAGACGCCCGUCGGACUCGUGUGGGCGCUCUCCUUCCUCGGCUGCCGCAUCGUCACCAUCCCAUGGCUGCUAAAAGCCUUCGCCGAGGCAGUCGUCACCUCGGACUGCGGCAUGGCCCCCUUCGACCGAGCCCUCGGCGCACUGACCGUCCCCCUCCCGAUCCUGCUCAACGUCUACUGGUUUGCCCUCAUCGCCCGCAAGGCGAUGCGCAUUGUCGCUGGCUCCAAGCCGCCGCCCAAAGAGGCGAAGGCGGAGUGAGUGGCCGGCGGUCUCGUGGUGUGUGUGCGCUGACGACCUGACGCGCCAGGCGAGACCCGCCACGCUCGCCUCCUGUUCUUUGGUUCGUUGAGACGUUGUCCCUGUGGUCGGUGGCAUGCGUCAUGUGCAUGCGUGUGCACGUCCUGCGCUGCACUCUGCGUGACCCGGGUCAGUCGUGAUCGAACGAUGGUUGUCGUGUUCCAUAUCUCUCUCCUGACCUGUCUCAGCUGUACUCUAUUAAACUUUUCUCGACAA